UGAGGAGACUAAAUUUUUAGGGACGAAGAUUAUUGAAGCAUUGCGAUGGGCUUUGCAGCAAUGGCAGCAAGGCCAUUAUGCUCAUCAAUCACAUUACUGACAAGACCUAAAAGGAUAUUCGCUCCUUUGGCUUCUUCUUAUUCCAGCUCUCCAUUAAAGACGAGGACCUUGGUUCUUUACUCAAAGCCUGGAUGCUGUUUGUGUGAUGGUCUCAAAGAGAAGCUUCAAGCUGCUUUCUUGCUUUCCACUCCCAAUUCUCUACACGACGUCGUCUUGGAGGUAAGGGAUAUAACAAGCAAUCCUGAAUGGGAAAAGGCUUAUCAGUAUGAGAUACCUGUGCUGGCUAAACUACUUGCUGAUGGCUCUGAGGAAACUCUUCCUAGAAUAUCUCCUCGACUUGGAGUGGAACAUGUCCAAAAGAAGAUAGCGGCUGCUUUGACUCAAUAAUCAUGGCCCCGGCAUGCACAUCCGACUUGAGAAAAGAAAUAGAAAGAGAGAGAGUGUCUUAUCAUUGCAAAGUGAUGCAUUCCACUUGAGAAUGUAAUAUCAGCAAAGUUGUGGAGAUGCUAUCUUGACGCUAUUUUCAUCAGAGUUCUUACAUUAUAGGUAAGGUUCUAUGAUUGAUCCCAAUAGUUUAAAAAUAUACCAUCUUAUGAUCAAUUGUUUGAUGGUGUUGCCACUAUAAAUUGUUGCUUCCAUCAUAUUUUUCUUUUUUGCAAUUAUGAAUGCUUUGGUUUUUUGGCUUU